UUACUCACUUUUACAUCAGGGUACAGACACAUGCACACUCACCCAACACAGGCAAUACCUCUGACACACCAUAGACACUGUAAAAAAUACUGAACAUGUUUUUCAAAACUGCGGAAUACACUGCCUGGUCAGUUUGUAAGUAAGUCAAGACUACAUUGCAUAAUUUAGACUGUCCUGCCUUCAGUGUUCCAGUUUAUGUACAAAAAGUACUGUUCAUUUAGUACUGAGCAGUGACACUUAGUACUGAAAAUGACACCAGGAACACUGUGGAUUAUAACAAUGGCUGGGAUAUUCUUAGGUAUUCAAAGUACAGUUACAGAUUUUCAUUUGAGGACUAUGGUGCACUUUAUAUCUGCUUUUCAGCACUUAGAAGAUUCAAACCCAAAAAUGAGUCCACUGGCUUUAGUGAAAAGUCUACGCAAGACCGCUGGUGAAAGUGACAAGUUCACCCACAAUUGGGAAUCAUCUGACAAUGGCACUGAUAUUCACUAUACAAAUUCCAACAACAGUUUUAUUUCACAGCAGCUGAAUAUAAACAGAAAGCUCUUCAAAUACUUUAACCAAACAACUCACCAUUUUAUAACAAAUGGUCGUGAGGAGAGGGGAGUUGUCCUGACUCCUGAUGGUACAACUGUUGCCCUUGCUCCCAUCCUUCUAGGUAUUGAGCUUGUCCUACAAGCUAAAGAGGACAAUAACCAGUCUGAUGGCAUCUACCUACUCCCAUUGGUCAAGAGCCUAAGCCAGUCAUUUCUACAGUUUAAGAAUUCAACACCACCCGAACGACUUGGCCCAGAUGGUUGUUGGGACUAUAUAUCUGCUCCCAUGGUUUUUACUCUUGCUGGGGUGCCAUCUUUGGCCACUGAUGCUCUGGUCCAUGGAGGAAUGGAUGGAGCCAUACUAGGGAAGCACCUUUCUGUUGUUAAUGGCUCUGAAAUAAAAUUAAGUGAACUGCUGAGGAGCUACUACUCAGGCAGCAUGGAGGAGGGUCACUCCGAUACUCCUCUGAGAGGCCGCUAUCGCAGAAAGAAUUUUCAAAAGAUUACGAAUCCAUCAUUGCUUCAAGAGAAGGUAGCAGAAGCACUACAAACUCAUCGACAACAACGGGGCACUGUGGUGGAGAGUCUUAUAGAAGAUGGAAUUAAAGAAUUUGUGCUACGAUAUAUGGACUGUCCUGCCAUCAUUCCGAGAUGUAUGUGGGGAGCAGCACCAUCCAGUGUUCCUCUUGUCCCUCUGUCUCCAUCCCUGCCAUUUCUGUAUAUUCACCACACAGAGAUUCCCAGCCAACCCUGCCUAAACUUCCAGAUGUGUUCCACAAAUAUGAGAGCAAUGCAAAAAUUCCAUCAGAAAGAUCGUGGAUGGUACGACAUCGGCUACAGCUUUGUGGUUGGGUCUGAUGGCUACAUCUACGAAGGUCGAGGCUGGAUGUCACAAGGGUCUCAUACUAAAGGACGAAAUACUGUUGGGUAUGGUGUUGCUUUUAUCGGGAAUUACUCUGCCUAUUUACCCUCCCAUUACACCAUGGACCUGGUGCGACAUCAUCUGGUCAAAUGUGGUGUGGGUAAUGGAUUUCUGCAUGAGAAUUUCACCAUGCUGGGUCAUAGACAAGUAGUAGACACAGGGUGCCCAGGGGAUUCUCUGUAUUCUGAGAUUAAAACCUGGAAACACUACAAAGAUGUUGAUCCUUUAAAGUAACAAUGAGGACAUCUGCUGUCACUGACAUGAUAUGACAAGACUUACAGUGCAUGACUUUUUCUUUUCACGGGCUAUGAUUAUACCACCCUUUAAUCAAUAUAGAAAUAUUCAUAAAAUUUAAAAGAGCCUAGGAUGGCAUUGAAAUGUAAAGUUAUCAUCAUAUUCAAUGUGUGAAACAGAUUAAUAUUUUGGUUAAAUAAACAGGAGUAUGUUAUGAAACCAUGAAAAUACUAAUGUAUGUGAAUGAGAAUUACAUGUACAAAAUUAAAAUUGGGACAUCUCAUUUCUUGCA